CCUCAGCUGACCGUCCGCCAUUUUGUCGGUGCCGGAUCCCCAGCGCCGCCCGGAGCUGUGCCCGCGGCCGGGGUCGCCCGUGCCCGCCCGUCCGCCAGGGCAGCUCCGCCCGUGCCCUUCCGUUUCCCUCGGCAUGUGAGCGCCCCGGCACCGCUGCUCUCACCCAGCUCGAGCGGCAGCAGCACCGCGGCGGCCCCCCCGGCCGGGCCCGGCCCCUCAGCCCGGCGCAGGCCCCGCCGCCGCCGCCAUGGCGCUGAAGAUGGUGAAGGGCAGCAUCGACCGUAUGUUUGACAAGAACCUGCAGGACCUGGUGCGCGGCAUCCGCAAUCACAAGGAGGAUGAGGCAAAAUACAUCUCCCAGUGCAUCGACGAGAUCAAGCAGGAGCUGAAGCAGGACAACAUCGCAGUGAAGGCAAACGCAGUCUGCAAACUCACCUAUUUACAGAUGCUGGGCUACGACAUCAGUUGGGCUGCAUUCAACAUUAUUGAAGUUAUGAGUGCUUCCAAGUUUACAUUCAAGCGCAUUGGUUACCUGGCUGCCUCCCAGUGCUUUCAUGAAGGGACUGACGUCAUUAUGUUGACAACUAAUCAGAUCCGAAAGGAUCUGAGUAGCCCUAACCAGUAUGAUACUGGAGUUGCACUGACUGGCUUGUCCUGUUUUGUCACUCCAGAUCUUGCCAGGGACUUGGCAAAUGACAUCAUGACAUUGAUGUCUCACACAAAGCCUUACAUCAGGAAGAAGGCAGUGUUAAUCAUGUACAAAGUUUUUUUGAAGUACCCAGAGUCCCUCCGUCCUGCAUUUCCUCGCCUUAAAGAGAAACUUGAAGAUCCAGAUCCUGGUGUGCAGUCUGCUGCAGUAAAUGUUAUUUGUGAGCUGGCUCGACGCAAUCCCAAAAAUUACCUUUCCCUUGCUCCGCUCUUCUUCAAGUUGAUGACGUCGUCAACCAAUAAUUGGGUUCUCAUUAAAAUUAUAAAAUUGUUUGGUGCUCUUACUCCAUUAGAACCAAGAUUGGGAAAGAAACUGAUUGAGCCCCUGACCAACCUCAUCCACAGCACCUCAGCCAUGUCUCUCUUAUAUGAAUGUGUGAACACAGUAAUAGCAGUUCUGAUCUCUCUGUCCUCGGGGAUGCCCAACCACAGCGCCAGCAUCCAGCUUUGUGUGCAGAAGUUGAGAAUAUUGAUAGAAGAUUCUGACCAGAACUUGAAGUACCUGGGACUGUUAGCUAUGUCCAAAAUCCUGAAAACACACCCCAAGUCAGUUCAGUCUCACAAGGAUCUCAUUCUCCAAUGUUUGGAUGACAAAGAUGAGUCCAUCCGGCUCAGAGCUUUAGAUCUCCUCUAUGGCAUGGUCUCCAAGAAGAACUUGAUGGAGAUCGUGAAGAAGCUGAUGAUUCACGUGGAUAAAGCCGAAGGGACGACGUACCGAGACGAGCUGCUGACCAAAAUCAUAGACAUCUGCAGCCAGUCCAAUUAUCAAUACAUCACCAACUUUGAAUGGUACAUCAGCAUCCUGGUGGAGCUGACCCGGCUGGAGGGCACGAGGCACGGGCACCUGAUCGCCGCGCAGAUGCUGGACGUGGCCAUCCGUGUGAAGGCCAUCCGCAAGUUUGCGGUGUCACAGAUGGCCAUGCUGCUGGACAACGCCCACCUGCUCGCCAGCAACACCCAGAGGAACGGCAUCUGCGAGGUGCUCUACGCCGCUGCCUGGAUCUGCGGGGAGUUCUCCGAACACCUUGAGGAAGCAAACCAAACCCUGGAAGCAAUGCUGAGGCCCAAAGUUACCACCCUGCCCGGCCACAUCCAGGCUGUUUACGUGCAGAACAUGGUGAAGCUCUACGCUUCCAUCCUGCAGCAGAAGGAGCAGGCUGGGGAGAAGGAGGCAGCUCAGGAAAUCACCCAGCUGAUGAUCGAGCGCCUGCCUCAGUUUGUGCAGAGUGCAGAUCUGGAGGUUCAGGAGAGGGCUUCUUGCAUCUUGCAGCUAAUAAAAUACAUUCAGAAGCUACAAGUAAAAGAAGUUCCUGUAGCUGAGGAAGUGAUAGCCCUGUUUGCUGGUGAACUGAACCCUGUGGCUCCUAAAGCACAGAAGAAGGUCCCUGUUCCAGAGGGCCUGGACCUCGAUGCCUGGAUCAAUGAGCCUCCAUCAGACAGUGAGUCUGAAGAUGAAAAGCCCAAAACAAUAUUUCACGAGGAGGAACAAAGGCAUUCCAGACACAGACAGCCAGAAAUAGAUGAAGAGGAACUGGCCAGACGUCGAGAAGCCCGGAAACAAGAACAGGCAAACAACCCAUUUUAUAUUAAAAGCUCUCCUUCCCCUCAGAAGCGAUACCAAGACACUCCAGGGGUGGAACAUAUUCCUGUGGUCCAGAUCGACCUUUCUGUCCCAUUAAAAGUUCCAGGAAUGCCCAUGUCAGACCAGUACGUGAAACUGGAAGAAGAACGAAGGCAUAAACAGAAACUGGAGAAAGACAAGAAAAAGAAGAAACAGAAGAAGGAGAAGAGAGGGAAGCACCAUCGCCACAACUCCCUGCACACGGAGAGUGAGGAGGACAUUGCUCCAGCUCACCACGUCGACAUCAUCACAGAGGAGAUGCCAGAGAAUGCUUUGCCCAGUGAUGAAGAUGACAAAGAUCCCAAUGAUCCCUAUAAGGCACUUGACAUAGAUCUGGAUAAACCCUUAGCAGACAGUGAGAAGCUGCCAGUGCAGAGACACAGGAAUGUCGAGACCCUGAAAUCACCAGACUCAGAAGUCCCCCUAGUAGAGAAGAAGAGCAAGAAACCCAAAAAGAAGGAAAAGAAACAUAAAGAUAAAGAGAGAGAUAAAGGAAAGAAGAAAGAGAAAGAAAAAAAGGUGGUAGAGGAGGAGGAAGAAGAAGAAAAAAAGGGGGAAGACCUGGAUUUCUGGCUCUCCACUGCUCCACCAGCUGCCCCCACGCCCCAGCCACAGAGCGAGCCUGCAAUGGGCACUGCUGUGGUGGCUGAAUCUCAAGAGGUAAAAAAAGAGGAAAGGGAAGAGCAAGACGAGGAGGAGGAGGAUGAAGGAAAGAAAUCCUCCAAGCAUAAGAAGAAGAAGCACAAGAAGGAGAAAGAAGAGAAAUCAAAGGAUAAAAAGAAAUCCAAAAAGAAGAGUCAUCACAGCGAGGAGGAGCCCCCGGAGUCGGUGCAGAACGGGACACUAGAGGAUGAGCCACUGCCACCCAUGUCCAGUUACCGCCUUCUUGCUGAAAACCCGUACAUUAAAAUGACGUAUGAUAUUCAGGGAAACCUCCAGAAUGACAGCAAAGUUACUGUGUCUGUUAUCUUUGAGAACAAAAGCACUAGCUUCCUUAAGAGCAUGGAACUGAAUGUCCUGGACUCUCUCAACACUAAAAUGCUCCGACCAGAAGGAUCAUCAGUACACGAUGGGAUCCCUGUGCCCUUCCAGCUCCCCCCUGGAAUCUCUAAUGAAGCCCAGUUUGUGUUUACACUUCAGAGUAUUGUUAUGGCUCAGAAGUUAAAAGGAACACUGUCCUUUAUAGUCAAAAAUGAUGAAGGUUCAACCCAUGAAAAACUAGAUUUCAAAUUGCACUUCAGUUGUGCUUCAUACUUGAUCACGACGCCUUGCUACAGUGAUGCUUUUGCCAAGCUCCUAGAGUCUGGAGAUCUGCACAUGAGUUCUAUUAAAGUAGAUGGAAUUAAUAUUUCUUUCCAACAUCUACUGGCAAAGAUCUGUUUUCAUCAUCAUUUUUCAGUUGUGGAACGCGUUGAUUCGUGUGCAUCCAUGUACAGCCGUUCUAUCCAAGGCCAUCACGUCUGCCUACUGGUAAAAAAGGGAGAGAACUCUGUAUCCAUAGAUGGGAAAUGUAAUGAUUCUACCCUGCUUAGCAACUUGUUGGAUGAGAUGAAAGAGACAUUGUCCAAGUGCUGAAUAUUCCUUAUAAAAUAUUCCAACGACAAGAAACACACCCAGCGUGUAAAGAUGAGCAGACCCAAGUGUUAAGUUUCUCCCUCGUACGCAUGUACUACCCUGGGGCACGUGCUUUCAGUUAACUCCACCAUCGGUUGCAGUUUAGACAUUUUAAGGCUGUAUGUUACCUUUUUGUUUUCAGAACUUUUUACAAACUGUGGUGUUAACCCUUUCUAGCCCAAAGAGAUCCUGGUGACAUGACUGGAGGAGGGAGGGGAG